UUGCCUGCUUUGUCUGUGCAGGGAGAGUGGGCUGAGUGUGUCUGUGUGUGCACAGCCGGUUCAUUGGUAAUGUGAUGAUUGUCCUGGGGGACAUUUGAUGGAUUAGAGAGCUAAACAGCUCCAUUGCAAGGCACCACCUGAUGUCAGGCUGCGUCCCAUAUAAAGAGAGGCAGAGUGCUGAGCUCAGCUAUUGCUGCCAGUCCCCCCUCCUCCCACCAUCCCUCUCUCUGUCUCCCUCACUGCAGAAAGUCAGAGCUGUCCAGUGCUGAAUGUGUUCCACCAUCCCUAGGCUGACAAAGAAGCACCCCAGGAACCCCUACUAAGGACCCCCGCUGCCCCGCUCCUUCCUAGUCAAGAAGAUUAAAUUAGAUGACUUCUCUUCCACUGGGAUUGCUGCUUCUAAUUAUCCUCACUUUGAUGAUCCUUGUGUUCUGGGGCAGACGCUCUCCAGCGCUGUAGGAAACUUGGGGGUCCCUGUUGCUGAAGAUGGCUUUAUUCCACACUGUAUCACAUCAUCGAAAUAUGAAGUGGGUAAAAAGUCAGAGGGGAAAUAUGCAUCCUCAGACCCUGACUAUACCCAGAUGCAUGAUGAUUACAGCGACCCCGACAGUCCCCAAUCCAGCCUCUCUGCAGGGUAUUUCAGUGGUGAAACUGCAGUCACAGACAGUUACUCUAUGGAUGCCUUCUUUAUUUCAGAUGGGAGAUCGAGGAGGCGCAGCGAGAGUCGUGGGGGCCAGCGACACAUAUGCAGUGAAUGUGGCAAAACUUAUGCCACCUCCUCUAAUCUAAGCAGGCACAAACAAACCCACCGCAGCCUAGACAGCAAAAUGGCCAAAAAAUGCCCAACUUGUAGCAAAACCUACGUGUCCAUGCCCGCCUUAGCAAUGCAUAUUCUGACUCACAAUUUGAAACAUAAGUGUAACGUCUGUAGCAAAUCAUUCAGCAGACCAUGGCUUCUGCAGGGGCAUAUGCGCUCCCAUACUGGUGAGAAGCCAUUUGGCUGUGCCCAUUGUGGUAAAGCCUUUGCCGACCGUUCUAACCUCAGAGCUCACAUGCAGACUCACUCGGCAUUCAAACACUACAAGUGCAAACGCUGCGACAAAACCUUUGCCCUCAAAUCCUAUCUCAACAAGCAUUACGAGUCGGCCUGCUUCAAGGGCUCAGACCACGAGUGUGGCAUUGAGAGCUAAGAGUGAUUGUGCCGAUGGGCACACACCACAAGAACAUGGCACAAUAUCUCACCCUACUGGUGGUAGUAAAAAACACCAAAUCAGGGUACCUGGGACAGAUGUAAAUAUUAUUGCACUUGGCAAUAAUUGACAACUCAGAAGUUCCAGGCCAGAGACUCCUCAUAUUCCACCAUUUCAUCACGCCAGAGAAACGUGAGGCAACAAUGUCUGUCUCCAAUUGUGCAAUAUGGAUGCUUCUCCUCUUUUAUACUGAGACUUCUCCUGCUAAACUCUUAUCCCUGUGUGCACAUGCUGUCCCUCACGGGACACACAUUAAUGUAUAGGGAUGCACCAGAUCCAUUGCUCUUGUAUUCAUCCCAACACAACGCUCCACAAAUCUCCUGUCUUAGUACAGAACUAAAUCCAGCAUCCAAAAGCAUCAUCUGAAAAAUUUUAGCCCACUUCACAUGGACAGUAUUUAAAGGCCACAUGGUAUUGAGGGUUUUGGAUUUGGUCUGGCUGAACACUAUGGCUUACAAAAUUUACAUGGCAUGGAAUACUCUAGCCAAGUAUGCAAAAGAAUGUUCAAAUUGGGCCAAAUCUAGGGUUUGUUACAUCUCUCAAACUGUGAUUAAGUUAUUGUCUUACACAAAGGGUUCACAUAAGGCUCAUUCUCUUCCUCUGCCCUAUAAUAUUUAUUUGGAACGUUAUGUAGGGGAUACACAUUAGCUUCAUGCUCUUUUUUCACCCUAUAAUAUUCAUUUUGAACAUUAGGGAGGGGCUUUUUAUGACACUCGUGCUCUUUUUCCGGGCUAUAGUAUUUAUUUGGAGUAUCAGGGAUGAGCUACACAUUAGACUCAUGUUCUUCCUCCAACCUAUUGUAUUUAUUUGGAACAUUAGGAGGGGACUAUAAAUUAGACUCAUGUUCUUCCUCUGCCCUAUAGUAUUUAUUUGGAACAAUAGGGAGGGGCUUGUUAUGAGACUCAUGCUCUUUCUCCGGUCUGUAGAAUUUAUUUGGAGCAUUAGGAUGGGGCUACACAUUAUACUCUUCCUCCACUCUAUAGUAUUUAUUUGGAGCAUUAAGGAGAAGCUACAUAUUAGACUCAUGCUCUUUCUUCACCCUAUAGUAUUUAUUUCGAACAUUAGUGAGGGACUUCUUAUGAGACUCAUGCUCUUUCUCCGGUCUAUAGUAUUUAUUUGCAGUAUCAGAGAGGGGCUACACAUUAAACUCAUGUUCUUCCUCUGCUCUAUAGUAUUUAUUUGGAGCAUUAGAGAGGGGGCUAUAUAUUAAACAUACCAUUCCUCCACCUUAUAGUAUUUAUUUGGAACAUAGGGGAGGGGCUACACGUAAGAUUCAUGCUUUUCCUCCACUCUAUAGUAUUUAUCUGGAGUAUUAAGGAAGGGCUACACAUUAAGCAUAUGUGGUGUUCCUCCACCCUAUGGUAUUUCUAUGGAGCAUUGGGAAAGGACUGUGCAUCAGACUUAUAUGUUGCAACCCUUUCUUACAGUAUUUUAUAUGGAGCAUUAGGGAGGUGCUACACAUUAGAAUCAUAUUAUGCUCCACCCCUUACACAGUAUGAAUAUAUAAGGGAUGUGGCUAAAUGUCAGACUAGGGUAUCACUCCUAAGUGUUACAGUAUUUAUAAGACAUAGAGUUUUAUUUUAAUGUAUUAUUUUGCAGGAAGAUAUUUUCUUUUGUGCCAUACUCUUCUGGUGCCACAGAGUUUAUGUCCGUGGUGAGAUGCAGAAGCAGCACAAAAUCCAGACGUCCCCGGGCACUUUACUUUCCAACCUGUGCACUUUGUGGUGGGGAGACCAGAAGAUUAACAUUAAGGAGAUCAGUUUUAUAUGAAGAACACCCAAAUACAAUUUAGAAGCUGGAAAUAAAUGAGUAUCAAUGGGCUCAAUCAAUGCAAGGAGAUGCCAUGUGCACCCCAUCUAGUAAUAUGAAAUAACUGCAAGGAGAUAUAAAGUGAACCCAACCUUCUGGCAUUUCUCUCUCACCUAUAACCUGCUUUUCUUCAAACUGAAGCCCUGGCCUGACUGAUUAUUAGGUGAAAUUGACUUUUUUAGGAUCAUUCUUCAACCCCCCCGACCCUUACAUCAUCCAAAGUGAGGGACUACAAUUGCCAUUCAAUGGGACCCCAAGAACAUUGAUCGCAAUGGAACAUUUGCAGCUGCAUAUUUAUAUAGAAUGCAUUUAUAUUAUUUAUUUAUUUAUUUGUUAGGGUUUGUUAGAAUUUUUUAUGAAUAUGGGGGUGGGCAAUAUUAAUAUUGGGCGUCAUUCUGGGCAAUGUUUACAGGCCAGAGAUGUGCGUUUCAGCAGAAACCAUCUAAAUGCAUUGAAAAGUCUUCCUCCAGGGUGCCCCAGAACUGUAUGCUUUCUUUAUGGAAGAGUAGGGUGCUCAUUCCCAUGAUGCCUGUGGGAAGUGUAGCACACAACUAUGCAAUUACUCUGUGACUUUACCUCAGUCCAGCUAAGAGGAAGCCAAACUUUUAAGAACUACCCUUAAAAACUCCCGCAUUAUAACUGAAUUUGUCAGGAAUAUGGUCACUAAUGUAAUUCUAAAAUCCAGACCUAGAAAUGAGGCUCCCAGGUCCAGAAACAGAAGCCAAAGGCAAAACUUGCAUGUGGGAGCCAAGAACAAAUUCUGCUCCCCCACCUAGAACCAAGCAGACAUGAAAAUGGCAUUAGAAAAGGCACCAAUCAUAAUUACAGCUUAGGCUUAUGGGGUUCAGAACAAAGAAUUGGGACAUGCUGGACAAAUACAUGGUCUCUUUGGACAUAAGCCUAUUCCCUGGGUAAAAAGAAGUUCAAUGGCCCCACAAGUACGAGCUUACGAGCUAGGUCUCUGGCUACACAAGAUGUGCUUUGAGUAAAAUAGAAUUCUGUAGACCUUGCAAAUAUUGUACCCGCCUACAAUGUAAGUCUCAAGGGACCCAAGUAAAUUACCUGCUUAUGGAUAAAUAGCAUAGCCGUGCUAAAGCCACAAUUCAAAUUCCAGGUCCAUGGGGACACUGCAUGGGGUCCAAACCUAGAUCUCAGGGGAGACCACAAGUAUGUUCUCUCAGUACAAAUGAAUUGAAUGACUCUAAUGCCCCAGUGUAACCCUGACCCUGUGCCACCCUUGCUCUAUCACCAGCCAACAUCUUAUACCCUUUACCCUCAUUAGAUCCCUACCCCCACAUGUGAUAAGCAGUAAGCACUUGUGUUCUGUUUCCUCUUGUGAUCAAUGAUCUCAGCAAUGAUCGCAAUGAUGAAAUUAAUAAAAUGUCAUGACAUCAUGCAUCAUCAUGCAUGUACUCCAAGGGGCAUUUACAGUAUGAGUAUGCAGAUAAUGGAUGUUGGGGCUCGGGCUUUUGGGGGUCAGACUGAUGUCUCCUUGUUAAAUUCCUAACCAGUAGGGGCUCCCCAAUAUAUACAGCUGAUUUCACAUUCUGAAGGGGCAUGGCAUAGAAACAUACAUGUGACCUUUUAAGGAUGUUAAAUCUAAAAUAGUACUUUUUAACCUCUGGCUUUCCAUCUUAAUGUUUAAAGUAAUCCCCCAUGUAGUCUAAUGCCUGCUGGAGCCACUGAAAGCCAAUUUACAGACUGGAUUUAGGAGGGGCGCUCUUUGUGCAUGUUAUAGAAGCACAAUGUAGUAUUUUUUAGAGAAGCAGAUAUAGAUUUUGUACUUUAGUUAUAUGCAAGUGGCAGGACAGAUGCACUUACCUAUACACUAAUUGGUCUAGGGUACUCUGUGUCCUAGGAUGCUCUGUGUACAGUGGCAAUCACUCCCUGUUUACUGCUCAUGAACACAUGUAUUGCCAUUAAUGGGGACAAGAAUAACAUGGUGCCUUGUGGGUACCCAGAAUCUUUUUAUACAGCCAAGCUGCAUUUCUGUCUCUAUAAGGUAAUAGCACACAAGGAGAUUUGGCAACCGCAUUUAAAUCUACUGCAGGCAAGAAAUCUUCCCAAAAUGCAAUAAAGUAAAUCAAUUUUGGGAAAACAUACAUGGUGCUGUUUUUCCCAAAGUUGCUUCAGAAGACGAAGAGCUGUGUAUGUUUUCCUGCUGACUGAAAACAAAGCAUUGCAUAUAUUUUCCCAUUAAUGAUUUACUUGAGGAUGGAACGCAUUUUGGAGAGAUUUGUUGCCUGUGGUAGCACAGAUUUAAAUGCAGGCAAUACAUCUCCUGGGUGUGCCAGUACCCUUAGCAUUAUAUAUAAGCACCUUCCCCCCCAUUGCUGGAUUUCUCUAGUUGGGAAUGUGAUGCUUCUCUCCCCUGUAGGGGGAAACAGAGUGAAUGCAGCUUUUCUAAGGAACACUGGGCUGUGUUGCAGCUGGGUAACUAAUGUGUAGUGAUUUAGUGGCCAAUAUAUAGGCAAAUCAACUUUUGUAAUUCCCCUAUUUAUAAGAAUUGCUUGUCUUCUAUUCUUCCCCUUAAUUUUAUAUACAAUACAGUAGCAAUCUCUACCUACCUCUGUCUAUGUUGUAUUUGUUUAGAUACAUAUGGGUGGGAGUUGCCAUACUGGGGCAUUCUCUAUAGGGAGCAGUACAAUAAAGUACUCAAAUUGGGAAUACUAGGAGUGCACUUACAAGGAGAACGUUUCUACAGGGCUCAGUACUGGCAAUAAAUUAAGCAUCUAUGGUCAAUACUGCACUGGGGUCCUGAGUCAAGGUGUUUGCAUGCUCCCCCCUGUGUCUGCAUGGGUUUGCUCUAAAUACAUCCCAGCAGGAUGACUGGUUUCUGAUAAAAUUGACCCCACAGUGUAUGACUGUGAUAGGGACCUUAGAUUGUAAGCUCACUGGGGCAGGGACUGAGGAUCUAAAGUCCCCAUCAAAUUAUCAUGGGAAUGUCAUAGGGACCUUAGACUGUAAGCUCCACUGGGGCAGGGAAUAAUGGGAAUGUGAUAGGGUGCUUAGAUUGUAAGCUCACUGGGGUAGGGACGGUGGCUAUAUAAAUAAAGGUAAAUAAAAGGCAAUACUUUGGGCCUAUGUCCCAUGUAACCAAACUCCCCUUCCUCAUAUAGGAAUUCCAAUUCCAUUGGUACACCCCAUGGUGCCAGUUAGUGCCCCUGUCCUGCCAUAUCUACCAUGUAAAUAGCAAGAGAAAGCAAUAAUUUGCAGUGCAUGCCUCCUUCCCUUCCAUGUGAGCUAGGGACAUAGCCCUGGGUUCCAGUGCUACAGACUCUUAUUUAUUGUCAUGCAAAUCAGGGAGAAUAAAAAACUGAAUAUUU